AUGUGCGCGACGUGUUCGAGGAUUCAAAAGCAGAGAGGAGUCAGAAACACGCAGGCCGAAGACGAGCAUCACGCUGAUAGUGAUCAGUCCAGCGACAGUCCACAAGACAGUGCAACGCUGACUCCGGACUGCCAGAGUGCAGGUGUAAUUACGUCGUUUCCGCCGCCAUCUCCUCAUCCAGCAACCCCCCGAUGUGAUGGCUCGCGGGUUGCGGGUUGCUUAAACAACGGUUGUGCGCGUAGCUUCGGAGGAAACUGCAACUGUGCUGCAGAUUGUGCAUGCAAUGUUCCAACGUCGCCAUCUGCAUCCCGAUUGGUUCCAAUACUAACGAGUAGCAACGCGAUGACAGACGCUGCAGCUUCCGCCACCCAGACACUUAGCACAAACGUUAGCGAGUUUGCACCUCUGACUCGUGCCCCAACGCCGAGGGCCACCAUGAUACCGCGUGUUGUGCUCCGGAUCAGGCCGUACUCAAGCUUUAUAAGCAUCCAAACCAUUGUCGCAAUGUUGGCGACGAUAUCAGGAAUCAGAAGUGUGCAUAUGACCUCAGACAGCUCCACGCCAUCUCUUACCAACGGAUAUGUAUCGAAUAGUGAAACUACAGCACCUGAGUCUGACUCGAAGCCAACUCCAUCCUCACGGCUCGUCGUAGUGCGCGGAGACAAAUCGCUGGACACGGAUGUUUUUCUGGCACCCAUUAAGAUUCUCAAGCUUGCCGAGAUCAUUGUGGUCGAACAAACGUCAACGGCAUGGACACGCAAAGAAGUGGUACUGCGGGUACCCGAUAUGAUGUGUCCUGCAAACUGUGGUACGUCGGUACUUAAUGCGGUGCGGGUAGUGGACAGGGUUGAAGCUGCGAGACUUCGCUUCGAACAACGUCAAGUCGUUGUACGCGGUGACAUGGGUGUCGAUGCUCUCUGCGCAGCUGUCACCGACAUCGGUUUCGACUCGAAAGUCGAUGCGGAAACUCUGCUUCCUCGUCGAUUUCGUUUCCGCGUUGAUGAUUUGAGCGAUGUAGGGCUGAAUGGCGUUAAGCUCAAGCACGCGUUGAUGGCCGUGGAAGGCGUCGAAAAUCUUGUGUUGCUCACAGACCGCAUCGAAGUUUUGGUGACAGCGAUGCUGCUCGACUCGACUCCGCUCGUGGAGGCUGCUAGCCGUGCAGGUUUUGACAUGCUGGAGCUGUCGGAAGAAGCCUGGGGAAUACCAGUGGAAGUGGUGUUGCCACCAUCUGGAUCGUCAAGCCAUGAUAAAUUUGUCACUACAGAGCAAUCCCAGGCGCACAAAUGCGAUGCGCAUAUCUGCCCGCAAUUUGGCUGUCCGGCAUACAUGACCACCGUGGCUCAUACCGCGGCACUAGCUGUUGGAUGGGCCGUACCCGGUUGUGGUAUGGCAUCGGGCGGAGAGUGUACGUGCGGAGAUAGCUGCAAGUGUGAGGGCUGUCCUGAGCAUAACCCGGUGUCGUAA